AUGGAGACGACGAUGCCGAGGCGGCCGCACCUUGAGCUAUUCAAUCCAGACUCUGCAAUAACCAAAGGUGCCAGCUUUGUAGUAUUCCAACAGUUUCCGAUAGAAAUUCGUCUUCUAAUUUGGAAGCAUGCGUUGCAGCGUCAUCGGAUGAUACAUAUCAUCCUUGAAAAAGGAACGGAGCAGAGACAAGAAGAUGAACGCAUUGUCGACGAAACGGAUACUCUCAUUAAUAGUCUGGGUCGUCGAAUUUCUGGGUACCACUAUAAGGCCAUCAUCGAGACGCAACGGUCCCUGUUACCCGAUCUCACGAGAGUGAACAGGGAAGCACGAGACGCCGUAUCAUCGUUCUAUUCAACGCAACUACCAUGCCGAUUUAGACGUGACAAACAUAGCGAAACAAUAUCCAUCAUCCGACUCAACCUGGACUGGGAUUACCUCCGAGUCUCCCACGGAAAAGCCCACACUAUCUUCUUCGACUUCAUCCACGAUCUCCGCGCUUACGACCCCAAAGGCCGCGGUCUCCAGCACCUAGUCGUAGAAGGAUCCGACUACCGGACAUCAACCCACAACCCAUCGCCACUCAAGCACACCUUCGCCGAAGGCCCCUCCCUAGACGCCUUCAGAGCCACCGCCGCAAAAAAUCUCAAAAGCCUCUGGUUCAAGUGCACACCGCGCGGCGCCCGCGCCCUCAACGUGCUGGACUGGAGGCGCGUCCACGUCUUCAACUACGGCGUCCCCGUGUUUCCCAACUUCACCUUCUUCGACGCACCGCUACCGGAUCCAAGGGUCGGCAUCGUGCGGGAUCUCGAAAAGAUUGGCGGGACCGUGUAUGAUCCGAGGGAAGGCCCCCUCGGCUGGCGGAAGCUUCUUCGUGAUGCUGGCGUACGGCCUGAGGACGUGGCAAACAGAGGACAGAGCCGAGAUCUGGACGUCCGUAUCAUGUACGCCUCGAGCGAGGAGGGUUCCAUUCGCACCCGCGAGGAUGCGGCGAGGGUCCUUCAUGAAGAGGACUUUCGGUGGCUUGGGCUGCAAUGGUGGUUUCACGGGUGGGACACUCCCGCGGCCGGAGGACGUGCCGGCGGCGAGAGACCGGCGGGAUGUUUCUCGACGGCGUCGGGGCUGCAGGCUAAGCGGCCCGAGUUUGAUGGGCCCGAGGUGUUGGCUGCGGCGCCGAGACCGGCGCUUGGGUUUUGGCUAUUUCCUGUCGAGGCGUUUGGGGGCAUUCCAGGAGUGGAGGAGGAGACGAGCAGCUGGUUGAAGGUGAAGUGGAUAUGGGAUUUGAGUCCGCAUCGGCCUGAACUGGCUCUGGUAGAUUCGCUCAUUGCUUGUGGAUUCCAACUCAACCAUACUUUACUUGCCAAACAAGGCGUUGACGAAGAUGUCAGCGAGGUCGCUGACAACGGAAUCGACGAAUGUAUCGAUGAAGACAUAGAAGAGAUAAUCAACGUAAGACAUGGUGUAAAGACGUAUAGCCACAGCCUGUAG